UCUUUUUGUGUCAACGAUUUUCUCUUUUGUCAAUUUCUGCUUUUUUUAUAAAUUUUAUUUUUCCAACAGUUUUUCACAUUCUCUACUUUUUCUUCAAUCUUCUUCUAUCUUAUGACCCUUUCUCCCUAAAUGUUUUCCCUCUUAUGGCUUUCAUCUGAUUUUCACAUACUAACUUUGACUUCCCACUGCUAACACAUUACUAACAUUAGUUUUAUUUUUCUGGGUUUUUAAUUUGGUGUUUGGGUUUCAAAGAGGGAAACCCCAUUUCUUUCUCUUUGCUUCUUCCAAAGCUUUUUUCUAAUGGGAGUUUGUCACUAGGUUAUUUGUUUUUUGUAGUUAGGGUUUUCGGUUUUCUGGGUAGGUGUGAAUUUUGCAGAGGAUUUAUGAUGAGGAAGCAUGGAUGGCAAUUACCUGCUCAUACCUUUCAAGUUGUUGCAAUUACUGUGUUCUGCUUGUUAGUGGUUGCAUUUUAUGCUUUCUUCGCUCCUUUCGUUGGAGGGCGCAUUUGGGAAUAUGUUCUGGUUGGAACUUACUCACUGGUGGCACUCCUAGUUUUUAUACUUUAUGUUCGGUGUACUGCAAUUAACCCUGCUGAUCCUGGUAUCAUGUCAAAGUUUAUUGGUGGAUCAAACAAAUUUGAAAAGCAUGGGUUAUCAGUGAAGGAUUUACCUAGAAAAUACGAUGAGUUCGGCAGUGGACUGCAUUCAUCGCCAUCAACAGUUUCUAGAAGUUCCAGGGCAGCACCGAACUCAAGUAUGAAAGGUUCGGUGGAAGAUCCUGGAACAAUAGACGCUCCGACAGAGUAUACAAGCAGGAAAUCUUGUUGCAUUGGAGGAAUCUUUUGUGCUUUAUUUGUUCAUGAAGAUUGUCGCAAGCAGGAAGCGGCUGCCGAGCAAGGCAGUGAAGAUGCUUUGUAUUGUACGUUGUGCAAGGCUGAGGUGCGCAAGUUUAGUAAACAUUGUAGAAGCUGUGAUAAAUGUGUUGAUGGUUUUGAUCAUCACUGCCGGUGGUUAAACAAUUGUGUAGGACACAAAAAUUAUGUUACAUUCAUCUCUCUGAUGGCCGUCAGUAUUGUUUGGUUAGUUAUGGAAGCCGGUGUCGGUAUUGCUGUCCUAGUUCGUUGCUUUGUUAACAAGAAGGGCAUGGAGACUGAGAUUAUUGAUAGGCUUGGAAAUGGUUUUUCUCGGGCUCCAUUUGCAACAGUAGUGGCCGUAUGUACUGCAGUUUCUGUCCUGGCUUGUGUACCUCUGGGUGAACUUUUCUUCUUCCACAUUAUACUAAUUAGAAAGGGUAUUACAACCUAUGAAUAUGUUGUGGCAAUGAGAGUGAUGAGUGAAGCGCCUGCUGGAGCAUCCGUGGAUGAGGAGCUGCCCAAUGUGGUGUACUCUCCGUCUGGAUCAGCUACAACCGGCAUGAGUGGUGGAAGUUCGCUUGGCCUUCAGUACAAGGGGGCAUGGUGUACCCCUCCUAGAGUUUUUGUGGAUUACCAGGAUGAAGUUGUGCCUCAUUUGGAGCCUGGAAUGCUUCCGUCGACUGUUGACCCGGAUGCAGCUGGUUUUGCAGAAAGAGAGAAUAAGGGGCCUAAAAGGCCGGUUCGUAUUAGUGCGUGGAAGCUGGCAAAGUUAGAUUCUACUGAUGCUAUGAGAGCAGCAGCCAGAGCAAGAGCAUCCUCAUCUGUUCUUCGGCCUGUUGAUAAUCGUCGUAUGGGAGAUCCUGAACAUAGUUCCAGUGGCAACAUGAGCAUUAGAAGUAGUGUUAGCACAGAUACGGGUUUAAAUAAAGAGGUAAAGCAUGACCAGCGAUUAUCGCCACUAGGAAACUCUUUUGCUCCGAGUCAAGGUAGCCGUGAUGAGUACGAGACGGGAACUCAAAGCGUAAGUAGCUUCAGCAGUCCAAGCCAUAUUCACGAGUCGGUCUCACUUAGCCCAUUACCUCAAACUCAAGGUGGUCGUUUUAAUAUAGCUACCUCAGCUCCUGCCAUUCCUGAUCGUACCUUUAUGUCUAAUCCUUCAUUUCCUGUUAUCAACAAUCCCAUCAGACCUGGUCCGUCAGUUCCCGAUGAUAGGGUAAUGCAUAGGGGUUCAACCGUUGAUCCAUUGUUGCUUUCUGCUCCUGCUGCUUCUCUUCUUAGAGAUGUCAAAAGGACUUCGGUUGUAUGGGAUCAAGAAGCCGGUAGGUACGUAUCAGUCCCCGUUUCUGCAACCGAUGCUCGGAAUAGAUCGUCUAUACAAACGGGUUUGCCAAAUCCUAGUGGUGAAACUAGCAUGCAGGGUAGAAGGAUUGGUUUUCCGCAGCAGGAGUCGUCUUUGCAAGCAAGGGGUCCGGCACAACAGGCAGAGAAGCUACUGUAUACAGGAGACUCUAUUUUCUUUGGCGGCCCACUUUCGAGUGUUCCGGUUAGGGAUAGUUUGAGAAACGAUAAGGGUUCCGGUUUGAGGGAAGCUCAAGAAAGAGUAGGUCUGAACUUGCCUCGAGAAUCUAGAUUCAAAAGGGACUCGGUCUCGAACCAACUUCCUGUAUUUGUCCCUGGAGGCUUUGAAAACAAUUCUGCUGCAUCUGUUUCCGGUUUUAAGUAGAUUUCAGUCCAACUCCUAACGAAGUUUCUGCACAUUUUUCCCCUUGAAUCAAAGGGCAACAGAGAUCGAAAAAGCCUCUUGUCUGAGAUGCUUGUUCACUGGAACCUUGCAAUUUUGAUAUGUUGCUGACUAGAUUAUUGCAUGGUUCAAGUGGUCUCUUCCCGAAUGAUCCGAAAAAGCUCAAGAUUAUUUAUUUUCAGUUGGAUUUUUGUAUCGUCACUUGUAAGAUAAUUUUCAAGAUUUAUGGUUGAUGGUUAGAAACAUUUGUUGACAUUACUGCUAUUCAUGAUCAUGCUUCAAUCACAAGAAACAACAUUGUCAA